UUUUUUGUGAUUUUGAGAAGAAAGAGAGAAACCCUGUUGGUGUUGGUAAAAAAAAAAAAGGGUAAAACUAAGAAACGGAGGAGGAUGGUUACGGAGGUGCUAUGGCGGCUAUUCCGCAAGCGCGCGCGGAGUCUGGCAUGCACCAUCGAAUCGCCGCUGCCUUCCUCGAUUUCGUCAUUGGUGAGAAACGAGAAGGACCCCCCACAGUACCGGAAGCUCUUGAAUCAAUGCUUCCUUGUGCUCUCUGAAAAUGCGCCUCCUCUCUCGCAUUUCAACCCCCACUCUCGCUGGUCCCAAUCUCAGCUCUCUCUCUCUCUCUCUCUCUCUACCUACAUUAUACACACGCACUCACACUCAAUCAUUAUGUUAUCAGAUUGUGCAAAGGACCAUAUUAAUCAUUCGAUCCCCAUUAUGGAACUUCUAUGCUCUCCAGCUUGGUUUCUUCUCUUACAAAGUGUUGGGGAUGAUGUCAUGCUUUAUCUUUUAAAGUACCCAUCAAUAUUUUUGCCAGUUCCUUGUAAGAAACAUUAUCAGGAUCCAGCAAGAAGAGGGCUUUAUUGGCUUCAUGGAAACAAGCGUUCUCGAACGAGUUUAUUGGAAAUGCCUUGUUUUUCAGUAUCAAAAUCUCCUAAGCCCCUGGUAGUCACCAAAGGGGCUUAUAUUAAUCGGAAAUCCAUGUUUUAUGACAUGGAGCAUUCUUCAUCAAUGUUUCCAGGAAAACAAUCACGUCUUGCUUCCUCUAAGAAAAAUAUAAUACUUCUGAAAUUUUCAUUUCAGGGUGAAUCAAAGAAAAACGUUCCUGAGAAAUCUCAUGGUUUUAAUACUGCAUAUUGCAAGGAAACUGAACCUCAGUUUGAAGCAAAUACUUGCUAUUGCUUGAGAAGUCAGGUAGUGUCAUUUGUAUGGGCAGUGAUCAGGAGUAUAGUUCCUACAGAAUUGCUAGGAACUCCUAACUGGAGAAUGUUAAGGAGAAAUAUUGCCCAGUUUAUUCAACUACGAAGAUUUGAGAAGUUCGCAUUAAAGAAAUGCAUGCAUAAAUUAAAAGUAUCAGAGUUCCCAUUUCUAUCAACUCAAAAUUUUUCAUGUUUCUUUAGUAAUCAAAAGCAAAAAUAUGCAACAGGGGUGAGUGUUGGCAUGCAUAAGGAACCAGAAGAUUAUGAUGCUGCAUAUGAUUUGAGACAUAAACUUCUGGAAAACUGGAUCUUUUGGCUCUUUUCAUGUCUAGUAGUACCACUGGUGCGAGCAAACUUAUAUGUCACUGAAACUGAGCAUGGGAAUCAAGAUAUAUAUUAUUAUAGGAAGUCAGUUUGGGAGAAGAUGAUAAAUAACGCCAUCACUUGCUUGAAAGAUCAGGGCUAUCGUGACUUGGAUGAUGUGACUGUUAGAAAUAUUAUGAAAAACAGAAAAUUUGGUUUCUCGAAGCUAAGACUUCGUCCCAAAGGAAAUGAUAUGAGGAUGCUGGCAAAUCUAAAAGCCUCAUCAAGAAUGCCAACACAAAAAUCCUCUUUGGAAAAUCAAUCAUGUGGAAUGCAUGGAAAAGGAAAACCUUGUCCAAAGAAAGUUAAAUUUAAUCAAUUCAAGUCUUUAUAUAUUGUUCUUCGUGAUACACACGCUGUCUUAAAAGGAAUAAAGUUGGAAGAACCCGAGAAGCUGGGAUCAUCAGUUUUUGAUUACAAUGACGUCUACAGAAAGUUAUGUCCAUUUCUAAUUGGUCUGAAAAAUAGGUUGGUAAUUAUGCCUGGUGCAUUUGUUGUUGUUUCUGAUGUAUGAAAAGCAUUUGAUUCUAUUGAUCAGGAUAAGCUGCUUACUGUAAUGAAAGAUAUCCUACAGAAAGAUGAAUAUCUUCUUAAAGAGUCCCAUCAAGUAGUCUGCACACAGAAAUCUUUGUGGGUUCACAAGAACCUUGUCUUGAUGGAUCAAAAUAUGAGCACUCCAAAAGUCACAUCCUCUGUUCCUUACCGUUUACUGCACAGUCUUUGUAGAUUGACGGGCACUCAUUUGGGUUUUGUACUGAAUGACAAGGGUAUUCUUGUCUAUUUUGUUAUGGCCCAGGAACUGGAGUGGAGCAGGCAUGUGAAAAAAGAAGAGUUAUUUUUCAUUUUAAAGGAACAUGUUAAGUACAAUGUACUGCAAUUCGAUAAAAAGUUUUUCGUGCAUGGUGUAGGUAUUCCUCAAGGAAGUGCUUUGUCACCUCUGCUUUGCUCAUUAUACAUUGGACAUCUGGAAAGGAAUUUGAUCAUUCCAUUUCUUGAAAAAACUAGUAAAGGUGCCAGUAAAGAUAUAUCUAGAAGACAUAUUUCUAUGGAUGCUUCUUCAGAGGAAAGUAGCGUGGAUAGAUAUAUACUUCUUAGGUUUACUGAUAACUAUCUUUUCAUUUCAACCUCAAAGAAGCAGGCUGCUAGCUUCUUUUCCAGGCUGCAAAGAGGAUUUUGUGAGUACAACUGCUACAUGAAUGAUGACAAAUUUUCUCAUAAUUUUGAUAUUGGACAGUUAUCAGGGAUUCCAUCAAGCAGGGCAUAUGUGGGUGAAGAUGGCAUUUCAUUUCUUCGAUGGUGUGGAUUGCUUCUCAACUGUUGCACUCUAGAAGUUCAGGCAGACUACACAAAGUAUCUGAAUAAUCAUUUAUGUUCGACUCUUACUGUCAGCUGGCAAAGUAAACCAGGCCGCCAUCCGAGGGCAAAGCUGUGUAGCUUUAUGAGGCCUAAAUGCCACCCUAUAUUCUUUGAUUCAAAUAUUAAUUCCGUAGCUGUUAUCAGAUUAAAUAUAUAUCAGGCUUUUCUGGUAUGUGCAAUGAAGUUUCAUUGCUAUGUUUGUGACUUAUCGUACAUAUGCAAACUUCAUGCGGGAUUCUAUUUAUACAUUAUUGAAAGAUCUCUGAGGUAUAUGUACAAGCUCAUAAAGAAACAGAUGUGUUCUGCAUAACAUUUUUCUGAUGUCCGGCCAAUACUUCAGUUGGAGGAAGAAGUUGAAUGGCUUGGAUUAUAUGCAUAUAUACAAGUAUUGAAGAGAAAAGAAUCACGGCAUAAACAGUUGAUAUUUUCAUUAAGGUGUAAGUUAGAACAUACAAUACCUACAAGUGUGCCACUGCCACCUCAACUAAAGUAUGCAGUUGAUGCCUCACAUUCCUCUUUAAUAUGGAAAAUUAAGUAUUAAAUUCUUGGAGGUAUGUGACAAGUAGUAUAAUGAUGGAACUUUUUUCUUUUUGUUUUCUCAUUACCUGUCCCAACCAACAACUUUUGGGACUAUAUUCCAGUUUACUUGGUUCUUGUUUAAAGGUUACGUUUAUUUACUCAUUAGCUGGUACAAUUCUCAUACUGGAAGGGUUUCUUUCUCAUGUGGGAAUUUUGAUGAUGCAGCAUCAGCAAAUAUGUAUCUGCUAUGCUCUGCUUUUGAAUUUCAAAGAGUCGGUUGUAGUUUUGAUCAAGGUGGGGGGGAGUUUUAGAGUGCGGAUGCUCUUGCAAGAAAAUAGGCAUAUCUACAACAAGAUUGUGUUUUGAUAGGCCCCUACUGAUAUGUCUUUAAGUCUUCUAUGAUUCCUUGGGUCUGUAUUACUAUUAUGACGGGCUCUGUCCUGAACUCUAUUUUGGUUAUUUAAAAUUUUAAUU